AUGCUAUGCAUUGAAUUGUCUAGUCUUUCAAUUGAGACAUCGAAGAGUUGUCAUAUUUCGAUUUUGAUAUCGCUUGUUGUGUGAGUGCCUAUACUUUAAGGGUUUGAAGACAAGACUAGUCCAUGCAUGAAGUUAACCUCAUCGGGUCGCAGAUGCACGUAGCCUCAUUUGAACAAGGCCAUUUCGAGAACUUCAGAACUUCAGAACUUCAGAACUUCAGAUCCUUGAUUCAACAUCUGCGACGACUCAAAAUUUCUAAGCAUUCAAUUCCGUGUGGCUCUCACCGUCUAUAUUUACGGUCCACGCUCAGCCUUAAUAGUCACUUAAAAUCAAUACACACCAUUUAUUCUCCUCCUUUUGUUGACGGUCUAAUAUCCACUUGGGUUGAAAUAGCGCUGGCCCGGCAGAGCGGUACUAGCCAUAAGGCUAUAUUAAAUAGUCAAUAGGAUAUAGACUAAGGGACGACGCCAGAUCACUAAGAAUUGUCACAAAUCAGAGUCUUUCGCUCCUACCUCCCUGCGUCAUACAAUGUUCGUCCCUCUAACACUCUCAUUAAACAAUUGGCUCUAACAUUAAGUCUUUAGGACUCGACCGCAUACACAAUAUGAUUCAAAUGAUGGAAGACGUUCCCCUCGAGAUCGUUCUCCUGUAGAGCGGUCUCCAAGACGAUAUCUCGACAGUCGCGACUCGGAUACAUACCGAGGUGCUGCGCGUGGAGGAGAAAGGCGACGAUCACCAUCGAAUUCCAGAGCGAAUACUGCUGCAUUUAACCACAACCAAAAUCGAGAACUUUUUUCAGAUAGACAUAUACCUCCGCGGGAUACAAAUCGAGAUACAUCCUUACGUGAUCCUCCUCGCGGGCCAAGGGCUGGUUCGAAAAGCUAUAUCGAUCCCCCGAGCGGUCCUCGUGGCAAUAGUUUUGGCGAUGGGUAUCGAGGCGAUUUCGGAUAUCGAGGUGAGUUUAGAGGUGGCAGAGGUCGUGGUCGUGGAAGAGGUAGCUGGCGGGAUGAAAGCAGAGAUCGUGACCGAGAUCGGGAUCGAGACCGUGGCCGGGAAGUCGAGCGAGAGAGGGACUAUAGAGAUAUGCGAAGAGAUACUAGACCCUUGGUUCCGUUUCGCGAUGAUCGAAGCCGUGAUCGAGAAUGGGGCGGCCGGGACAGCUUCAAAGGAAGAAGGCCUUCUUCACCUAUUGGAAGAGGAAGAUCUCCUAAUUACAAUAGUAGAGAUAAUCGUGAUGCGCCCUCAAGCCUGGAUCUAGAUCGUGCUAGAAGAGGUUCGCGAGACGCUCCGAUGUCUGUUACCUCGCCUUCUUCUGAGUCAGCUCAACCGUUUGUGCAUGGCUAUGGUAGGGCUAGGGGAAGUGGAAUAGGACGUGGACGUGGUAGAACUUAUUACGAUGAACCCUACCAUCGACCUCAAGUCCGUAGUAGGUCUCCAGAGCCAAACUUUCCUCGCAGAUCUCAACCUUCAGCUAGUAAGUUCCAUGACCUCGAUCAUUUUCCUUUCUUUUAUCCUCGCGUGGUCCUGGUUUCCGUCUACGUACAAGGCACAUGCGUGCCUUUCAAUGAGACGCUGACUCUACAUAGCACCCCCUCCCCAAGUGCCCGCAUUUGGAUCAACUGGAGCAUCAGCCUCGGUCAGCCAAAGUCCUGUCCCAGGGGUAUCAGUCCCAACCGCGCCCCGUUUCCAUGCCGGCCGUGGAGCUCCAAGUAAUCACUACAUUUCUGCAAAGUCUACUAUGCCACAAUCUAUUGAGAAUCCGCCGUCAGAUGCCAGAUCGGAAACACAGAUUGCUGCAACACCCGAACAUAAAUUUGAUGAUGGAGCACGAGUGAAUGAACGACGUCGCCAGCGAAAACCCAUUUUUGGUAGACGCCCACCCAAGAUUCCGAUUACUGAUGACUAUUCCGAUUCUGAUUUAGAUCCCUUCAAUGAUGAUGAUCCAGAGGACGAAAUCAAUUUCGAGAGUGAAUUGGCGGAAGUUCAACGUAGUAUGAACGAUACUCGCAACAGGCCCGACCUGCCUCCACUUGACCAGUUCUUUAUUGUUAAUUCAUUCAAAGAUCUACCUCUAGUCCCAGAUGCACGAGACGGUUCCGGCGAGUUGAAAGAGUGCAUUCCUCCAGAAGGUUUGACUGAUAAGCCUGAUACAACGAUGGAGGGCGCACUGGAGCCCGAGCCUGAGCCUGAACAUAACCCCGCAUCUCAGCAAGGGCUUGUCGUGGUGCCGGAAUUGACACUCAAUAUAGAUCCAGCUGAACGUAAAUGUCUUGAUAGUGAAAAUCCUACUUUUGCUGUGUUGCCACCUGGGACACCAUCCGCCCUAGCGACUACUACCGAAGCCAGAGAAUCUGAGGGAUCGCAACACCCCACGCGCCAGCUUCAAGCGACUGAUUCUGAGAAGCUGGCUAUGCUCUCCGAAGGUCUCCCAGCACAAUCCGCGGCACCUGUCAAAGACUCCAAUGUCUUCAAUGAUGUUAUUGCAAAGGAUCCCAUAACCAAUGAAACUCCAUCUACGCCAGCAAUUCCUCAUCACGCAUCACCGCCGCCUGCAAGCAGUCAAUUGCCUUUGGAAAGCGAUUCCCGAAUUUCGACCAGGAUGGUGGAAAAUGGUGGUGACGUUCCACCCCAUCACAUUACUACAGAACCGGAUGUAGUAUUUGCCAAAGACCAGUCUAUUGAAGAAAGUAGUACCAAAGCUGGUGCUUUUGAAGGAGUUUCUCCAAAAGGUGAUGCAUCCAAGGAUUUUGAAAUCCCCGCUAUUCAACCUGCCACAAUCGAUCCUGCAGACAUCCAGCCUUCUAUAACCAAGUCAUCACUACUUCAGAGCACUGGACUUGAGACUAGCGAUUCCCAAAAAUUCAAUCAAGAUACUACUAGCUUAGAGCCUCAAUCCCUUGGCGUGGAGAUUUCAGAUUUAGAGAGACCAGCCCAGUCACUGGAAGACCAUUCGAAGCAUAUUUUGGAACCUCAUGUAGAGGGGACGAUCGUGGGAACUCAUGCAGAUUCACCACUGCCCGUGUCAGACGGAGCAUCCAAGUUUGAUUCUGAGAAGGUUGAGAUAUCGGAACCCAAACCCCUGCGUAAUCAUCCACCAUCUAUCGACCCUAUCGAUACCGAGAUUUUGCCAGACGCUCAAGCAUUUGAAGAUGAUUCCUUGAUUAGCCCAAGAACUACAGGCCCCGUUCCAAGAUUGGUGCCUGAAGAUACGAUUGACGAUCAUCAGAUGGAAGGUGUAGUCCCAGAGGCAUGCGGAGGGGAUCGAUCUAUGAAUUUGGAUAUUGGUAAUGAUAACGUUGCGCAUUCCGAAGGGGGGGUCUACCAUAGUCGAGGAGAAUUAGCCGAAGCUUUUGAUUAUGUACGACAACAGAUAUCGUCACCAGUACCACAAGCACCAGAACUUACUAUGGAAGUUCCCGAAGAAAGUGAUGAUGACGAAGAUGAAGCUGAACAGGCCGGAUUCGAACUUCUCCGUCAAAAACUUGUUCAACAAGAAGCUGCUCUUGAAGAGGAUCGCCAGUUUAAACUUCUUGAAUCUGUUAAGCACCCCAGGGAUACGAAGACACCUCCUCCAGAAACCUUACCUAUAUUUGAUUAUAACAAAUGGGAUGAGGAUCCCGAGUUUUUGAACUCCCUCGAAGUUGAUGCAAAUGCUGAAUCUUCUCUUACGAGACUUAUAGAGGAAAAAAUGGCGCAAAGAUGGACGGAACAACAAGAAGAGGGCAAAUCGUGGUCGGAGAGUUAUAUCGAGUACCGUAGGUUUACUGAUAUGGAUAUGGAUCCAAUCGCUGUGCGCAGUAGAGAAAUAUUUAGUAAGGCCCAGAAAGGAGAGGCUGAAGAAUUGGCCGAAAGAGGCAAAUCGGCGACUGGCUUAGAUCUCAAAGCAGAGGGCCAGCGUCGCACUGGGAGUAGGUUUGCGACGGAUCAUGAUAUUGAACGUGUGCUUCGUGAAUCUGAGCGUGAAGCUAAAGAAUCGAAAGAGCAGCAAGAACAAGAUGCCAGGGAAGAGACGGCAAAUACCAAGGAAGCGACUAUCCCGGACAUGUGUUGGGAUGAAGAAUAUAAGGAAAGUAUGUUUUUGGAUACUACACACAGGGUUCCUUUUGAACGAUCGUUCCGUAUGCUCGAGUUUGGAGAGUCCAUAGAUAAUUUUACGGAGGAAGAGGCUCAGAUUUUCCAAGAAAAGUAUCACAAUUUCGCCAAGCAGUUUUCUAUUAUUGCACAAUCCCUUCCGCAUCGCGAUUACCAGGCCUGCAUUCAACACUAUUAUAUUGUCAAAACAACAGAUGAGUGGAAGGCAGUUUUCAAGUCGAAAAAGAACCAAGUUAAAACCGGCAGAAGGAAAGGAGCGAAAAAAUCUAGCGCCCUCAUUACCAAUAUUGAGAACGGAGGUGGUAAUGAAACAGAGGCCACGCCAGAUGUGGAGAAUGGAAAUGAACGUCGUCGACCUAGGAGAGCUGCUGCUCCAACUUGGAAUUUUGAAGCACCACCGCCUACCACAGACAACGAAGGUGCUAGCCCGGCACCAACCCCGGCGAAGAAAGUCGCUACUCCGAAAGGAGACACAAAUGGCGAAUCAGCGCCAACCAAGAGAAAGGCCAAAACUCCUCGAGAAAAGGCUCCAAAGCAGCCCAAGGCCGGUCAACUUUUAGCGGCUGCCCCUUCUCCUGCGAGUCGUAAUGGUGAAUCGCCAAAUCCUCCUUCGUCAACUGCUGCGCCAGAGCCAACACCGAUCAGGCCUCCCGUUGCCACCACUCGCUACGCUCCAUACGAUGCUCUUAUUCCUCACCAGAUCCCAACAUUUCCACCUCAAUUUUUGCCACCUGAGGGACCUGUACCAACUAAUCUAGAGGUGCCAGUUGCACCUGAACGCAUUGGCUCUGCCCCUCCAACAGGUGGCGAGUCCCAGCCUGAUCGUCGUUCCGCUGUUCAACAACAAACUUCUAGCUACUGGAGUGUCCCGGAAGUGGGUGAUUUUCCUGGACUCCUACGACACUUUGGCACAAAUUGGGCUGGAAUUGCAAAACAUAUGGGAACAAAAACGCAUACCAUGGUAUAUAAAACAACUUUUUCCGAUUGGCUUGAGAUCACGAAAGGCCAAACUGGCCGUAAGCGUCAGGCUAACAUUGCUGAACAGGUUAAGAACUACUAUCAGCGCUCUGUCGAUUCCGGGAGCAAGAAAGAAUGGGAGCAGAUCACUCGAGAGGCUGAUUCGAAACGUGACAGAGGUGAAUCCACUGGACCAGCGCCCACUCCUUCUGCUCCAACAAAGCGACGAUAUGAUCCCACGCCUGCACCACUAUCGAGAUCAGCAUCUGCCAUGGAUAUAGAUGAAUUUUCUGCUAGUCAACCUAUCAUUCUCCCUCAAACAUCCCCUCCCCAAUCCACAUUGAGUACCAGGUUCCCUGCCUUGGCUCAAGCAGGACCUGUCCCUCAAUCAAUGAAUCAAACGAUCACUCCUAGUUCCUUACCUUCCAAACGUUCACAUCAUCAAGCUAACCAACAGAGCUUAUCUCAAAUAUCACAGCAACAGCAACAGCAGCAACCGGCGUCAGCACCACCAUCAAUAAUAACCACCUCUCAGUUACAAUCACAACCACAACAAAUGCAAAGCCAACAAGUUAGACAACCGAGGGGUCCGUCCAUGGGGUUCUUCACUACUGAUAACCAACGCUCCACACCACAGUCUACUCUUUCCCAGCAGUCUCAAAAUGCUUCGCCAAUUUCAGAUCCAGCCACUAUUGCCUCUCAACGAUCCGCUCGGGUCGCUGCCGAGGAAGCUUUUCUCGAAAGACAGAAGGCUUUGGAACAAGAGAGAAUACGAAUCUCGCAGGAACAACAACAAGCCACGGACCGGCUUGCUUUACAAGAGCAGGCCGCCCUUCGAGAGCAGGCGAUUCGAGAGCAGGCCCUUCGAGACCAAGCCCUCUUGCGUGAACAGGCUCGUGAGCAGGCUUUGUUGCGGGAGCAGGCCCUAUUGCGAGAGCAGGCUUUGUUGCGAGAGCAGACCGUCCGAGAGCAGCAAGCUUACCAACGACGAGAGCAAAUUAGAGAAAUGGAAACACUUACAGAACAUCAACGACAGCAGCAGCAGCAGCAGCAGCGAAGGGAAAGAGAAUCAAAGCAAGAACAACUCGAGCGAAACUUGAAGAGAAAACAGGAACGUGAUCACGAGCAAAGAGAACAACAAGAUCGAAAAGAAAAGCGAGAACAACGAAAUUUUCAAUUGAAGCAAGAGGAGGCUGAGGUACGGAACUCACAGCAGUAUGAAUAUCCCGCGCACUCUAGCCGUACAGGAUCAAUGGCGCCUUCAAGGGCUGAAGCUCCAUAUGUGGCAGUCUCCACAACGGAUGUUCGAAGGCAAGCUCCACCCUCAGUCCCACACCAACAAUAUCCUGCGCGAAGCCAAGGCGUUCGAAGUUUGCUUAGUGAUGGUAUGGGUGUUCCUCAAAACAUGAUUCAAUCUACAUCUCCAGCUUUCGGCCGACCAGGCAUUAGUACCCCACCUAUCCAAGAGCAGUAUUCAACACCGCCCCCUCAAUCAGCCGCUGUUACCGCCAUCCGCCAACAAGAUACACCAAGGAAGACAUCCAAUAUCAUGUCAUUGUUGAACGAUGAAACCAAUGAACCUACCAGAGCUCCACCGCCCCCAGCACAAUUACAAUCUAAGAGAGGUGGUGGUACCCCAGCAGUUCCUGUGCAAAGUUCUCGAACCCCCCCACCUCCUCAACAUGCUUUGCAGACAUCGCGUUAUUCAUCACAUUCAUCACACCCAUCACAAAGUUUACAACAGCCACAACAGAUGCCUCAGCAGAUGCAACAGAACCAGCAAAUGCAACAGAACCAGCAAAUGCAACAGGUUUCACAUCAGAUACCUCCUCAAACAAAUCCACAGCACGGAUAUUCCCAAUCAUCUUCUCAAUCCAUGCAUCAACAUUCAUCUUCAGUAGGCCGCAGUUACACACCAACACCUUACGAAAGCAGGAGCCAUGCGCCCCCACCCGCUGUCCAGCAUCACCCGAUAUAUUCUCAACCCUCUCGCCAAGCAAUUGCUUCGCAGUCUUCAUCCAUUCGUCGAGAGCCUCUAAACGAAAUGAAUGCUCCUAGUGGGUAUGCACGAAGUCCAAUUACAAAACUCAAUGAAUCACCCUACUCUGCGACCCCCCCUCCUGGCCAACAGAUGACACGUCAGACGAUGUCAUCUCCUCAUGACCUUCCUCAAACGUCUGAUCGUGAUAUUUACAGUCGCCAAUCACAGUUCGCUGUGCCACAGCAGCCAAAUACAGCGGUAGACUUCCACGCAGCACCCCAAGUGGGAGCAGGCCAUCGAUCGAUGGCCUUCGGUCAAAGUGGUCACAGAACUCCACCGGCACGCAGUCAAUGGAUCCAAGCUCAUCAAGUGGGUCAUCAUGUGCACAAUUCAAGGCAAAACAGCUUCGAAGCCCGGAACUAUAAUACUGUUUCGUCUGCAUCAGCUCCGGCACAACAAAAUUAUGCCCAGCAACCUUCUCAUCACAUGCAAUAUCAACAACAUCAACCCCAAGAGCGUUUUGAUCAUCAUUAUGAGCGAGAACAGCGUGAGAGAGAACAGCGAGAGCGAGAGAGGCAAGAUAGGGAUAGGGAACAAUAUUACCGAAGUCGGGAAGACCAACGAGAUCCACGGCGGUAGACAUGUCGACUUGUCAUGUUGGUGACCGGAAUAGUUGUUUCUUUCCCCAGAUGAUCAAGGACUGAUGUGGGUUGGAUGUGGAAAGCUCCAAGAGUAUGACCAGUAUGCAUAUUCUAUGUAUGAAAUUAAAGAUUAAUAACUACUAUCAUGCUGUCUUUAUCGUUUCAAUAGCGAUACUCCGUGUCCUUCGACCCCUCAUCUUUCUCUACAUCCCCUAUUAAAUUUCUUCUACAUGGACACUUGUCUUGCCCUUCAAAAACAGUGGUUUAGGCGAUUACCCAUUAAACUCCCACAAUACGUCUUUUUUGAACUUCAUGAUGGCGAGGAAGGAAAAUGCAAGAUGGUCGAGAAUUUUGGCGUGUGGAAUGUACCUACUGUCAAGCUUCUAGCCGUUGCUACCCAGAAGCAAUUUAAGGGAAAGAUAGCAGUUAGAUGGCAUGGUGCCGUUCAUUUGGGUACGAUGGAUCGAAAAUAGGGAAACUUUAAUAGUAUAAUGAUGAGUCAAGAAUAACUAAGGGCAUAAAGUACCUUAUUAGCACUUUGUAUCUCCUAAUAUUGUCAUCACAUGUGUUGGUCAUUGGGAAGCUUAAGGUCGACCUCAGAUUAGUACCAGAUCUUCUUCUCCAUUACCUCGCUCCUGCUAAGCUUUAUCUUUUUCACAGUAUCUUCACUUAUCUCAUACCCCUUUUUGGUCUCUUGUUUCCUGAUUUUGUGAUAAGAUAUGGUAAGGCUCUUACUUGCAGAAUUCAGAAUGGAUUAAGGAGAGAUUUGCAUGUUCAACUUAA